AUGCAGUAUACAUCGCUCAACACCAGCAGGGCCAAGGUGUUGGAGCAGGCCUUAGCCACAGAAGUCCUAGCUGUUCCUCGAAGAGCUAUGACCCCGCCUUACGCUGAUAAGACGAAAGCAUGUCAGUUCCAUCGGAAUAGGGGGCACACUACUGAGGAGUGCUCUGCCCUUCGGGAUCGCAUCGAAGACCUCGUCAAGGCCAGCCAUCUUCAAAACUUCAUUCGGUCAACAGAUAACAGAAGGAACGACUACCGCCCUGGUAGGGGGGAGUACAGAAGGGACAAUCAAGAUCGGGCACCUCCGCGGAACCAAUCCCGUGAGCGCAGCAGGUCCCAAGAUAGAAACAAUCAGCGAGACCGUAAUCAGCCUAGGCGAGUGAUAAACACCAUUGCUGGAGGCUUUGCGGGAGGAGGAAGCUCAUCUUCGGCCCGAAAGAGACAUUUGAGGGCCAUCAAGUCGGUCAACGCUAUAGGAUGGGCCUCCCCCAUUCGUAUGCCCCCUAUAACAUUCACUGACCAAGAUUUCCAAGGCAUUGACCCGGUGCAAGAUGAUCUGAUAGUCAUCAGUGUAGAGAUCAACAAUUGUAUUGUGAAGAAGACUCUGGUUGAUCAGGGGAGCUCGACAGACAUCUUGUACUGGAAGACGUUCGAGCAACUUGGCAUCCCGGAAGAAGAACUGACGCCUUACGAUGAAUUCUUGGUAGGGUUUUCGGGUGAACGAGUAGACACUCGAGGAACGAUAGACCUGUAUACCUACUUCGAAGAUGACCAGCGUAGACGAAUUAAGGUGCGUUACGUAGUGAUGCAUGCCAACACUUCAUACAACAUUCUGCUAGGCCGACCCUCGCUGAACAAGCUCCGAGCCAUCGUCUCCACCCCACAUUUGGCUAUGAAGUUCCCAUCGGAGGAAGGGACCAUCAUCACUUUGCACGCCGAUCAGAAAACGGCGCGCGAAUGUUACUUCGCCAAUUUAAAGGUACAGCCAACUCCAAAGCCAAGACGAGAUGUCAACGUCAUCGGCGAUGUUGGCCAACCGAAAUUAAUCCCUAAAACUUGA